ACCGAACGCAGCCGCAGCCCGUCUCGUUCCUGCCCUCGUCACACAUCGGGGAUCCCAGAGCGGCGCGGCGCAGAGAACAGAACACAAACCCCACGUCAAAGUUACUCCAUUUAGUUGAAGUGGUUUUUUCUCGGAGGGAAGAGGGACACCGGGAGUCGAGGAAAAAUGCCUGCAGUCUCUAAAGGGGACGGGAUGCGGGGCCUGGCCGUGUUCAUCUCGGACAUCAGGAACUGUAAAAGUAAAGAGGCAGAGAUUAAGAGGAUAAACAAAGAGCUGGCCAAUAUUCGUUCCAAAUUCAAAGGAGACAAGGCUCUAGAUGGCUACAGUAAGAAAAAGUAUGUCUGCAAGCUGCUCUUCAUCUUCCUCCUGGGCCAUGAUAUCGACUUCGGACACAUGGAGGCUGUCAACCUCCUCAGCUCCAAUAAGUACACGGAGAAACAAAUUGGUUACCUGUUCAUCUCCGUGUUAGUGAACUCUAACAGCGACCUGAUCCGCCUCAUCAACAAUGGCAUCAAGAAUGACCUGGCCAGCCGCAAUCCAACCUUCAUGAACCUGGCACUGCACUGCAUCGCUAAUGUGGGCAGCAGAGAAAUGGCUGAGGCUUUCGCCUCGGAUAUUCCCAGAAUCUUGGUGGCAGGGGACACCAUGGACAGCGUGAAGCAGAGUGCAGCUCUAUGUCUGCUCCGACUCAACAGGACGUCCCCCGACCUGGUGCCCAUGGGUGAAUGGACGGCACGAGUGGUCCAUCUGCUUAAUGACCAGCACCUGGGAGUGGUGACAGCAGCCACCAGCCUUAUUACCACUCUGGCCCAGAAGAGUCCUGACGAUUUCAAAACCUCCAUCUCUCUGGCUGUGGCCAGGCUCAGCAGGAUCGUGACCUCCGCCUCCAUCGACCUACAAGACUAUACGUACUACUUUGUUGCCGCACCAUGGCUGUCCGUCAAAUUGCUGCGCCUUCUACAGUGCUACCCUCCACCUGAGGAUGCAGCUCUGCGGAGUCGUCUCACCGAGUGUCUGGAGACCAUCCUCAAUAAAGCCCAGGAGCCACCCAAGUCCAAGAAGGUCCAGCACUCCAAUGCAAAGAAUGCUGUUCUGUUUGAAGCCAUCUCCCUCAUCAUCCACCAUGACAGUGAGCCCACCCUACUGGUACGAGCCUGCAACCAGCUGGGCCAGUUUCUGCAGCACCGGGAGACCAACCUUCGGUACUUGGCCUUGGAGAGUAUGUGCACGCUGGCUAGUUCAGAAUUUUCUCACGAGGCCGUAAAGACACAUAUAGACACUGUGAUCAAUGCUCUAAAGACGGAGCGAGAUGUGAGUGUUCGUCAGCGGGCCGUGGAUCUGCUCUACGCCAUGUGCGAUCGCAGCAACGCCAAGCAGAUCGUGGCAGAGAUGCUGAGCUACCUGGAGACCGCCGACUACUCCAUCAGAGAGGAGAUAGUACUCAAGGUGGCUAUCCUGGCGGAGAAGUACGCUGUGGACUACACCUGGUACGUGGAUACAAUCCUCAACCUCAUCCGCAUCGCCGGCGACCAUGUCAGCGAGGAGGUGUGGUAUCGUGUCAUCCAGAUCGUCAUAAACCGCGACGAUGUCCAAGGCUAUGCUGCCAAGACUGUCUUUGAGGCACUGCAGGCCCCCGCCUGCCACGAGAACCUGGUUAAGGUGGGGGGUUACAUCCUGGGAGAGUUUGGGAACCUAAUUGCUGGUGACUCUCGCUCCAGCCCUCUGGUCCAGUUCAACCUUCUCCACUCCAAGUUCCAUCUCUGCUCCGUGCCAACUCGGGCGCUGCUGCUGUCGGCCUACAUCAAGUUCAUUAACCUGUUUCCAGAAGUGAAGGCUACGAUCCAAGACGUCCUGCGGUCAGACAGCCAGCUCCGUAACGCCGACGUGGAGCUCCAGCAGAGAGCCGUCGAGUACUUGAGGCUCAGCUGCAUCGCCAGCACUGACAUAUUGGCCACAGUCUUAGAAGAAAUGCCUCCAUUCCCAGAGAGGGAGUCAUCAAUCCUGGCCAAGCUGAAGAGGAAGAAGGGCCCGGGCAAUCGGCCCGACAUUGACGACCCCCGGCGGAAUGUCAACGGCAACACUGAGCACAGCGACAAUAAAAUUGAAGCCACAAACAAGUCUUCUCUUUCGCUGUUGGCAGACCUUCUCCCUACCAACAGACCCCGUCCUGCCUCCUCUAGCCCGUUCAUGCUCUCUGCUGGGACCAUGGGUUCCCCUCCCUCCUUCACAGACCUGCUAAAUCUAAACUCCACUCCUCCAGCAGGAGCCAAUCUGCUCGUCGAUGUCUUCUCCGACAACUCUGCCCUCGCAGCUACAGACGUGUCCGAGGAGAACUUUUCCAGGUUUGUCUGUAAGAACAACGGUGUGAUCUUUGAGAACCAGCUUUUGCAGAUUGGACUGAAGUCUGAGUACAGACAGAGUCUGGGUCGCAUUUAUGUGUUCUACGGCAACAAGACGUCCACCCAGUUCCUCAGCUUCUCCUCCACGGUGACAAGUCCUGACACACUCGAGAAUCAACUGACUGCCCAUGCCAAGACAGUGGACCCUGUAAUCGAGGGUGGGGCUCAGGUCCAGCAGAUCAUCAACAUUGAGUGCGUGUCAGAUUUCACAGAUGCACCGGUACUCGACAUCCAGUUCAGGUACGGUGGGACUCUCCAGAACAUCGCAGUGAAACUCCCUGUGAUGCUGAACAAGUUCUUUCAGCCCACAGAGAUGGCGUCCCAAGACUUCUUCCAACGCUGGAAACAGCUCGGAGCGCCUCAGCAGGAGGUUCAGAAAAUCUUCAAAGCCAACCACCCGAUGGACACAGACGUCACCAAGGCCAAGAUCUUAGGUUUCGGCAUAGCUCUGCUGGACCAAGUUGAUCCCAAUCCUGAGAAUUUUGUUGCCGCUGGAGUCAUUCACACUAAGAACACUCAGGUGGGCUGCCUCCUCCGACUGGAGCCCAACGCACAAGCACAGAUGUACCGCCUCACCCUCCGGACCAGCAGGGAAUCUGUGUCUCAGAGACUUUGUGACCUCCUCUCUGAUCAGUUUUAGACUGCACACAGCUCCAACAUUUUUUUACGCCUUUACUCUCCUUAGAUUGGAACUGAUGUAUUGUACUGUGUACAUAUUCUUUUUUUAUUCCACUUAUUUUUCCACACAUAGCUUCACUAAUAUGUCACUGGUUUAAACCUAGAUAUUGUGUGCGUGCGUGCGUGCGUGCGUGCGAGCGAGAGAUGUACACACUGUGAACGCCUCUUAUGUUCUGCGGCCUUGAACAGUUCAGAAAUAUUGUUUUUGCUGCCUUUUGUAAUCAGACGAGUCAUUGAGGAGGCAUGAGUGAGACUUACCAAUGAGCUCCUUCAGUUGUUCCGAUAGUGUUUCUGUGAGACAUUUAUUCUCAUAGUGUUUCAAACAAAUGUUGCACAGUACUGAGAAGCUUUCCCAAACUUUUUUUCUUGCACUUUUGAAAAAUCAAAAAGGAAAAAAAUGAUCACAUAAAUGGAUCAGAUUAAGAUUUCUUUUUACACAUCUGUCAUUUCAAGAGGAAAAGAAAAACAUUUGCAUUGUGCAAAAAGUCAGUUUGGGUGCUAUCAUUGGGGCAAUAUUUGAUCUGUUGUGCUUAAAUUUGACACGUAUGUGUGUGUGUGACACGUAUAGUUCAGACACAAAUAAAUGGCAAAAUGUCACGAUAGAACCGCUGGCAGCAAAUGGAUUUCAGUUUCUCACAGUGACGGAAGUCAGUGUGUGAUUUUUUUGUGGGUUUCCAGGACUUUUGCUUCUCAUUUGUACCUUUGAACCUUUGUUACUCUGUGAACAGCAGCAAGAGACUAAAGCACCACACUACAUUUCUUCACCUAGCACUGCCAGUUUCUACCUGUCAAUGGUGUUAUUUCUGUUUUAUGACGUGUACUUUUAUCAUAACACUUGGAUGCUUUGACUCUGUCAAGAGUUCACUUUUUUCUCUCCCUACCAUCAUGUCUAAAGCAGGAUUGAAAACUGAUCUGCAGUUUUUUUAGGUGUCCCAAGUCAUCUUCUAAAUGUCACUGUGUAUCCUGUUCCGCACAAUGUGGUGAAAGAGCCGGGGCAAGAUCUAAUGUGCAGCAAGGGGUGAAAUUUCGUAUACGCUUUCAUAUGUGAAAGGUGUUCAGAUGUUAAACCCAAAUAGGAAUAGCACCUGACUGCAAGUGCCUCUUAAGUCUGUUUUUUUUUUUUAUUCCCCCGAAAGACUGUUUUAGUCCCAUUUCCAGUAACAGUUGGUGAUCUGCUGGCUGCCAGAAACAGAACUCUUAAUUAAAGCCGAUGUCGCUCAGAAUUUGCUACAUGUGAAAGUAAUCCACUUGUUAGGGCCUUUCUAAGGUAAUCUGUCGAUUUAGUAUUUACAGCUUGAUUCUGCCCAUUGUGAUAUUUUUGUACGGUAUUGUCUGGUUGUGGCCCGGUGCCCUGUACUGACAGAGAACACGGGACAGGUGCUCAGCCAGACCACAGCUUUACACCAGGGUCCAAAACAAGUACAAUCUCAGCCAGAACAUCAAUGAGGUAAUAAAAACUUGGUUGUGCCAAAUAACUGAUUUUUGAUUGUUCCGACUGAAAGCAAAUGCCGUGGCCUCACUUGAUACUUAUGUCAGUGGCGACUGUAGUGUCUCACAAGGUUAAACUAUACUGUAGAUGUUUGGGCCUAAUCCAUGACGUCGACGUGUAGUUUGUGUCCUUGGUGCUGAUUCCACUGCACCCAGUGCUGUCGAACCAGCCGGAGACCUUGUGUCGGUGCAGUUACGCUCUGUGCCUUCUAACCGUGAGUCAGGUAUGUUGUUCCAGAUACAGGAUUAUGCUGCAUUUGAAAAACAUGGAUAUGAUGUUGCUAUUUCACUAUUCAAUAAAACACAUUUAAACAUAUAA